CUAGGGCACACACUUUCCUCCCUCCCCCAACAUACCUCCACCAAAGAGCUAAAAGCCAGGCAGCUCCAGGCACCAUUUGGUCCCUCUUAGCUGACCAAUGGAAUCCGAAGCGGAGAAAACCUUUCACCUCUUUGCCGCCUUUGGGGAUUCUUCCUCCAGUGGCAGUAACCUCAACAACCAGAACUUUGUCAAGCUGUGUAAGGACUGCGGCAUCAUAGAUGGCAAGGCAAUCACCCCCACUGAUGUGGAUAUUGUGUUCAGCAAAGUCAAGGAGAAGAAUGUCCGAACCAUCGAUUGGGGCCGGUUCCAGACAGCGAUUAAGGAGCUGGGUCAAAAAAAAUUCAUUGGAAAAAGCCCAGAAGAGGCAUUGCAGAGUAUGUUUGCCCUCAUGAGGAACAAAGGUCCAAUUGCUUCAGGAGUGACUAAAGCAAUGACAGUGGGAGGUGUGGAGCGUUUGACAGACCCCAGCAAGUAUACAGGCUCCCACAAGGAUCGUUUUGAUGAAGUUGGUAAAGGGAAGGGUAAAGCAGGGCGGGAGGACAUGAACACUGGCUACGUGACUGGUUACAAAGGUGCUGGCACCUAUGACAAGAAGAAAAAAUAGAGGCCUGGCUUGCCCUUUAUAGGGAAUGGGGCAGAGGGAGAGAGUGAGUCUCCCUGUUUCCCCCCUUCCAUCUUCAACUUCAUCUCCUUAGCUCUUACUCCAUCACCACCAGGGAGACAAUAAACAUCUGUGUGUGCAGCAGCCAACACGCACUGCCUUCUGCGGGCAGUACCAGGAGGCAGGCUGCUUCAUCCAUAUUGGGGGAGAGAGUAGAGCAAGGGAAGGUUCUCCAUAAACAUUCUAGACUAUCCUUCCAACUCCUCCUCACAGGGUAAUAAGGUAGGGAGCAGCUUCCAUUAAAUUUCUCUUCCUGUUCUUUCCCAACCUAA